UGUCACACAAACUGUCGAGGAGUCAAGAACUGUUCGGAAUCCUCAAGACAGCAGACAAGCUUUAAUCCAGAAACAAGGCUCUGAGAGUGACGCUGUGGUCUUUACGAGGACCAAGGCUAUGGAGGAGAAUGGAAAUGGGAGGAAAUCCGAAACUGGCUGCAGCAAGUUAGAUCCCGACACUCGAAGCAGGGGUGUACCAGCCUCAGGUGAUCCCACCAACGACGAGGACUUUGUGGUGCUUGAGAGGGAUGAAACCUGGACGUCUUCUGAUGGAGAAAAUUAUCCUUUUGGUGCUAGGAUGAAAACAGAGAACCUUCAAUCACCCACUAAAAGAAGAGUUGAGGCUUCAUCAACUCACUGUGACGAUAACCUUUCCCAACCUUCCAGGAAUAACCCUCAAGGGACAUGUUGCGAAAAUAAAAGCAGAAGAACGUCUGACGUGCGUUUAGUGACGGCUGAGAGUGUGGAAGCACGUGCUGGAAGUUCACCCGCUGCCUGUCCGGAGAGUGAAAUGGGUCAACGUUUGGCUGAAGUGACAGGCAGCAGGUGUCAGCUAAAAGGAGUCAGUCAUUCGGCGGCUGCCCACGCUGGGACAACUGGGAGAGGCAAAGCAGAGAGGGAGCAAAACAACAGCAGUGGGUUAAUGGGAAACAUGCCUGAGGAUGCCGGUUGCUUGAAUGCACAGGGAGAGCAGGCUGGGGAGAAUAAGGAGGGCCACCGUUCUGGAUUUGAUGUACAAAAAACUAAAGUCGAAAAAUCCUUUCUGAACAGGUUUGCUGAUGCUGUUUCUAAGAGAUCUAAAGCGGGUCCUGUCAGUUCAUGCACUAAGAAAGAGGAUGACCGAGCAUUAAGAAGAGCAGCCGACUCGCACCCCCCAAAGGCCAAGGCCAUGAGAUCUGAAAUACCACAGCGAGACCAUCUCUCAUUUUCACUGGAGCAAUGUGAUGCGAUCCCUCCUCUUCCGCUGCCAGGGAAUGAAGCCUGCCAUGAAGAGAUACAGGUAGCAAACUCAAAGAAGGAGAGGGAGCUCGUUUUUUUCUCGGCCGUGGUGACGCCCCCACCUUUCACUCAUUUGUUGACGAAGAAAGACACAACAGUGGAAACACAAAACGACACAAGCGUGGCCAGCUCACAGGUGCCCACCUCAUGCGAUUCCAAAGAUGAGUCUAUGCCAAAGGAAAAGCCCAAAGUUAAAGGUCCACCUCCGCCGGUCCCCAAAAAGCCUAAAAACCCAAUGAUAAAGCUCAAAACUGCACAAUUAAUGUCCACUGAUGUGCAAAGAAGAACCAAAGCUCAUCUGCAUUCUGAGGAGAAGGCCAAGAGAAGACACACUUUUCAUUUUAACAAAGACUUUCCAGUUAACGCACCAACUAACCAGGACAUGUGUUUGCUGUGGGACGAAAGAGGCACCUACAUCGCGCCAACCAACAUGCGCCGGCUCUCGGUUGACCUUGAGCCGUGUCAACAUCGUCUACUCGGACGCGUGGAUGAUCAGUACACCGAUAUGAUCGACUACGACUACUGUGCGCGCAUGGCAAACCUGUCUUCGGACAGAGAGCUGCAAAACCUGGACAUGUCGAAGAGGAGAACAUCCCUGAGGAGGCGAUCCAGCUAUAACAGCUCGCCUCCUCCUGUUGCGAAAAAAAACUCAAAUCCCUUUACAUCCACGGAAAGUCUACACAUGCCAGAGGUCGUAUACGACGUAGAAGUCCAGAGACCGAGACCUGCUUGCUCAAGGAGAAGAGAAAUCUACCCCGAGCCCCUUUAUGAGAAGGUCAACACACAGGACAGCAACGACAGCCAAGCUAACUACAGAUACCGUAAAGAUGAGACGGUUCCCGGUGGUGAUUGGGACGCAGGACACGACAGUGGGGUGGGCUCCUACAAGCCUGUGUCAGAAAUCGUCAAGGAGGCAAAUCAAAUGAAGAGACAUCCGGGCCGGGUCAAACCUGAAGGGGUCAAAGCUGAGGUUCGAGUGGCAGAGCAGGGUCCAAGUGUGAAAGUGUCCCAAAUAAAGAACGCCUUUGAUGUACCCAAGAGAUCCAAAGAGAGACCACAGGAAGUGCAACCACCUCCAAAAAAGGAUAUGUUGCGGCGAGUUGUGCGACAGAGCAAGUUCCGUCAUGUCUUCGGCCAGGCCCAGAGGAACGACCAGUGCUAUGAUGAUAUCCGCGUCUCCAGGGUCACAUGGGACAGCUCCUUCUGCGCCGUCAACCCCAAGUUUGUUGCCAUCAUCAUCGAUGCCAGCGGGGGAGGAGCGUUCCUUGUACUUCCUCUACAAAAGACCGGCCGCAUAGACAAGGUCUACCCGACCGUAUGUGGUCACACGGGCCCCGUGUUGGACAUCGACUGGUGUCCUCAUAAUGACCUUGUCAUUGCGAGCGGCUCCGAGGACUGCACAGUCAUGGUUUGGCAGAUCCCUGAGAACGGGCUGGAGAAUCCCCUCUCAGAGCCUGUGGUCGUGUUAGAGGGCCACUCUAAGAGGGUGGGGAUCGUGUCAUGGCAUCCCACCGCUCGCAACGUUCUCCUCAGUGCAGGGUGUGACAACCAGAUCAUCAUCUGGAAUGUGGGCACGGGACAGGCCAUGAUCAACCUGGAGGACAUGCACCCUGAUGUUAUCUUUAGUGUCAGCUGGAACCGCAAUGGCAGCCUGCUCUGCACGGCCUGCAAGGACAAGAAGGUCCGCGUCAUCGACCCCCGCAAGAAAAAGAUUGUGACGGAGAAGGACAAAGCCCAUGAGGGAGCUCGACCAAUGAGAGCCAUCUUUUUAGCAGACGGAAAGCUUCUGACCACCGGAUUCAGCCGCAUGAGCGAGCGCCAGCUAGCCCUGUGGAAAAGUGACAACAUGGAUGAGCCGAUAAACGUUCAAGAGAUGGACACCAGUAACGGAGUCCUGCUGCCCUUCUACGACCCCGACACCAGUGUGGUCUACCUGUGUGGAAAGGGCGACAGCAGCAUCCGGUACUUUGAGAUCACAGACGAGGCGCCGUUUGUUCACUACCUCAGCACCUUCUCCACCAAGGAGCCUCAGAGGGGCAUGGGCUACAUGCCCAAAAGAGGCCUGGAUGUCAACAAAUGUGAAAUCGCAAGGUUUUACAAAUUACAUGAGAGAAAAUGUGAACCUAUCAUCAUGACAGUCCCACGUAAGUCGGAUCUGUUCCAGGACGACCUGUAUCCAGACACGGCCGGCCCCGACCCCGCCCUGGAGGCAGAGGGCUGGUUUGCCGGCAAGAACGGAGGCCCCAUCCUCAUCUCGCUCAAAGAUGGCUACGUCUCCACGAAGGCCCGGGACCUGAAGGUGGUGAAGACAAACGCCCUGGAGACCAAGGCAGCGCCGAAAGUAGAGAACACCCCGACUGUCCAGAAGCACGUUCCUGCACCGCCCUCAGCACAGAAGAUGGAAGACAAACUGGAAGAGGUGCUCCGAGAGUUCAAGUCGCUCAGGGACCGCGUCAUCCUCCAGGACCGUCGGAUCGCCAGACUGGAAGACCAGGUCGCCAAGGUCUCCAUGUAAGACCGCUCGUUGUUUCGGAGAGGAAUCGAACGGACGGCGUCAGCCAUGGCCCCAUUCUCCCGAUUCGGCUUCAUUCAGCUCGACACCGCUUGGCCCCCGCGACCGGUCGGAGCCCACAUUCCAAGAUGAACUUUUUAUUUUUCUCAUCAAGCCUCCGGUUUUUACACGUUGCCCCGCCACUCACUGAGAAACGGAAAGAACUCUUGAAGCUCAUUUUGAAGAAAAGACAUUUUUUUUUUUUGUUGAAGGAAAAGUCUUAACUUCUUUUUUUGUUUUGUUUCCAAACUGUGGUAAAACAUUCUUAUGUGAAGUUUGUACUUACUGCUCAGAAACUGUAUGUAGCAUCAGUAUUUCCAUUGUUCUUUUUCUUGUGUUGCCAAAUAUGACUUGUGUGCGGUUUCAUGCACUGCUUUUACAUUUAUUUUCUAUCCUGUUGUACAUUCCGGUCACAACCUGGUAGAAUGACGUAGUCGAGCUGGAUUUUUUUUUUUAAACGAUAGCCGUUGAACUUUUUUCCUCCCACCAGUUUGUUCAUUGAUAAACCAUCAGAUUUAUGAAUGUGGAAGAAUUCCUACGAAAAAAAAAGUUUGCUUCCUGUUCUCCUGGGGAUUGAAAUUCAACAUUGGGUUUUAAAGGGGGAGGGGAGGGGAGGGUGGGGGAGGGGGUUUGCAUCUCUCUGGUGUAAAUGUUGUGCAAAUGUAGUGGUGCCUCUUGUCACUGUCAAGGGUCAAACUAAAAGUCGCCCCCUCCAGUGCGUAGUUCGGUGUUGGGAAGGGACCACUCACCCAGCUUGUGUUUCACUGAACCCCCUGACAAACAGUUCUGUGCACAUAAUAAAGAUUUUACACACGGAAACCUC